CUCGACAUCAACAUCCGCUCCUCAUGGACCCUUCACGCGUUGAUCCAAACCCAUUUCCUAUACUAUGAGGCCGGCCUUCCUCCUCUGCCGCCAAUGUCUUCGUCAAGGGCUACGUCAUUUCGCUCCCUCCCUUCGCCCAUUUUCUACGCGACCCUUCGCACCUGGACGUGCCUCGUUCAUCAGGCGGCACUUUGCAGCACCACAAUUCCCUGGUAGGGUGACAUUAUGGUCUGGGGCGGUUACUGGAGCUGCUCUUACUUCACUCGCAUUCGUAGCAAUCAGCCAGAAUGAGACGGAGGAUGGCGCAAAAACGCAUGAGGCGGCCAUGUUGGAGGCAUCCCGGAAAGAGCUGAAUCAGCGGGUGCCAAAGGCUAUACAGCAUUCCAAGAAAGUGCGACGGGGAAUAUACUUCUUUUUUGAAUUGUAUAUUGUCGAGCCGAUAUGUACGGGAUUGCGGUUCUUGCACCUCGUCGUUAUCUUUGUACCAGUCCUGGCUACAGUUCCGGUGAUCUGGCUUGGGAACAGGCAAUCAGAGAAGGAUAAUGAGAGGACUGGGACAUUGUGGUGGUAUGUAUUUCUUGUGAGAUCCAUGGAGCGGGCUGGCGCGGCUUUUAUUAAGCUUGGUCAAUGGGCCGCAUCGCGAUCGGAUAUAUUCCCAACAGAACUCUGCAUAACCAUGUCAACGCUCCAUUCCCACGCGCCGGCACAUUCGCUCGAGACGACGAAGAUGAUAGUGGAGAAGUCUUUCAAUGAACGCUCGUUCGAAGAGAUAUUUGAGGAAUUCGAUGAGAAACCCCUUGGUGUAGGCGCAAUAGCACAGGUCUACAAGGCAAAGCUAAAACGCGAUCUUGCCGCUCCAGACGACCUAGGUCGUGAGCUAGAAACGCCGAACCUGCGACAGAGAAUAAGGAAGAACGUUGAUAUGACGCUGAAGAGCAUACCACAAAGAGUCCCGUCAAGCCAUGUUGCUGUCAAGGUUCUCCAUCCAAAAGUUGAGAGAAUGGUGCGGAGAGACUUGCGCAUUAUGGCCUUCUUUGCUGCCAUCAUCAAUGCAAUUCCGACCAUGGAAUGGCUAUCAUUUCCGGACGAAGUCAAGCAGUUUGGUGAAAUGAUGCGAUUACAACUAGACCUGCGGAUCGAGGCUGCGAACCUCACGAUAUUCCGACAGAACUUCAAAAAUCGUACUACAGCUUGGUUUCCAUACCCAUACACCGAGUACACAACGCGAGAAGUCUUGAUUGAGGAGUUUGCGCAGGGAAUUCCGAUGGAAGACUUCCUACAGAAUGGCGGAGGGAUAUUCCAGGAAGAUAUUGCCAAUGAAGGUCUUAAUGCAUUCUUAACUAUGCUUCUCAUCGAUAACUUCAUUCAUGCCGAUCUCCAUCCAGGAAACAUUAUGGUCCGUUUCUAUAAGCCCGAGAAGUUGGACGUGUCCAUGUUCAGCAGAAGAGAAGAUAAGACGACUGGACCUCGAGAAUCACCAGACGUCACCGAAGAAGUCCUCCAGAGACUCCGCCCCUUCAAGAAGAAGCCGAAAGAAUGGGCAACCCAGCUUCAACAUAUCGAUGAUGAGGGAUACCGGCCACAAAUUAUAUUCAUCGAUACCGGACUUGUAACCGAACUUAAUGCUACGAACAGAGCAAACUUCAUGGAUCUAUUCAAGGCCGUGGCAGAGUUUGACGGAUACAAAGCCGGGCACCUCAUGGUUGAACGAUGUAGACAGCCAGAUGCAGUCAUUGAUAAAGAAGUAUUUGCCCUACGCAUGCAGCACCUCGUCCUUAGCGUCAAGAGUCGAACAUUUGCGCUCGGCAAUAUCAAAAUCGGCGAUAUCCUGAACGAAGUCUUGUCCAUGGUCCGAACGCACCAUGUCCGUCUAGAAGGCGACUUUGUCAAUGUCGUUCUUAGCAUUCUAUUGCUCGAAGGUAUCGGCAGAAGUUUAGAUCCAAACCUGGACCUAUUUUCAGGCGCCCUCCCCAUAUUACGACAACUUGGUGCUCAGAGCGGUUCGUCGAUGAUACGUGGCGGUGAUUUCUCAAUUCUGAAGGUUUGGGCUGGACUUGAAGCUCGAAGUUUCUUGCAGGCUUCGAUUGAAAGCGUGGAACGAUGUGUCAAAUCCGACCAACUAUCUCCGAAUGUCUGACCAUAAUCUCUCCUACACAUACAUCCAUUUUAGGCAUAGUGUAAUUAUAUUACGUGAUGUAUCUUCUUGCUUACAAGGUGCGUGGAUCAUUUUUCUGCAUAUUAGGCGUUGGAGGAGGAGCAUGAUCGUUAUCAUGAAACAUUAAACGGCCUGACACGGUAUAUAAGAGCAUCUCUAGAGGCGUAAUUGCUGUCGAGGGAAGCACCGGGUUUCAUUUCAACUCUCUACUACAUUUGUCGCCUGCAUCUAGUUCUAUGCUAUGUGAAAGCAUUCCCCACUACGACCU